GCCCUCGGCUUCCAUAAAAAGGGUCUUCAAAAACCCUAGAGCCAUUUUCCUCCCCCCAGAGGUCGCCGUCGCCGUCGCAGAAGGGAAGGGUUUUCUCCACCAUAAACGACAAUGGGGAUAGAUCUUGUAGCAGGCGGUAAGAGCAAGAAGACCAAGAGGACUGCCCCUAAGUCCGAUGAUAUCUACCUCAAGCUUCUUGUUAAGCUGUACCGGUUUCUUGUCCGAAGAACUGGAAGCGAUUUCAAUGCUGUGAUCCUGAAGCGCUUGUUCAUGAGCAAGGUGAACAAGCCACCAAUUUCUCUAUCCAGACUUAUCAAGUUCACAAAGGGAAAGGAAGAUAAAAUUGCCGUCAUUGUGGGAACUGUGACCGACGACAUUCGCGUUUAUGAAGUUCCAGCUUUGAAAGUAACAGCCUUGAGGUUUACUGAGACCGCAAGGGCAAGGAUUGAGAAGGCAGGUGGUGAGUGCUUGACAUUCGACCAGCUUGCUCUGAGGGCUCCUCUUGGCCAGAAUACGGUUCUUCUUCGUGGACCGAAGAAUUCCCGUGAAGCCGUGAAGCACUUUGGUCCGGCUCCUGGUGUUCCUCACAGCCACACGAAACCAUACGUGAGGGCGAAGGGAAGGAAGUUUGAGAGAGCAAGAGGAAAAAGAAACAGCAGGGGAUACAGAGUUUAAUUUCAGCAUAUGUUCGACCCUUUUUGUGAGACAAAAAAUUCAUGUUUUGCUAGACUUGCAGAGAUAUUAUUAUGAGACUCAGUUAUGUCUUAGUACAAGUUUUCAUUAUUAUAAAACCUUAAUCGUAUUCAGUGAUAGAUCUUGUUUAAAUACUU